GAUCGACCAAUAGGAAUGCCCACAAGCGCGCGCAACUUAAGUCCUUGUUUACGCUUCAGAACUCAGUCGUUUCUUUCCGUUUUUAGAGGGUCUUUUGGCUCCUGCGGAACAAAGCUAACCGAAAAUGUCCGAUAGUUUCGAGUCAACUAUCACGUCGUUGUUCGGUAACGGAAACGGUCUUCACCAACAGGUUCUCGCCUCCUUCCCACUGUGUGAUGUGACCGAGGAGGAUCUGACUCAGAACCCUCAGUUUUGCAAACUUCUAGCAACUUUGACUCAACACGUGGACCGAACUGGACUCACGGUGUCCCUGAAAGCAGAACUGGACAAGGCUGAGCAGGAGCUCCAGAACCAAAGGCGUUUUUGGCUCUGGUCUGAGAGCCUCUACAGGGGGCUGCAGGAGAUGACCCAGGACUACUGUGUGAGGAAACACAGAUCCUCCGUUCCCCCUGAUCAGAAUAAGUUCUAUGAAACGAUGGAGAGGUGUCUUCUGGUGGCUCAGUGUGCUCUAAAGUUGGAUCACAGCAGCACUCCCAACCUAGACCAGCCAUCUGUGCUGGGCUUGACUCCACAGCAGGUGAUGGAGUUAAUGCCGCCUGAGGAGAAUGUACAAAGAAUGAAAGCUUCUCUUCCCAGACACGUGGAGAGACAUCUGAAGGAAAAGUGUCUCAGCCUCCUCUCCUACUACCAGCCCGAAUGGGGAUGCUGUUUUGUCUCAGAACACGAGAGUGAAGGUCUGAAGAGCAACAAGCUGGUUCAUCUAUCGGGCUUGUUGAACGAGGAGAAGAGAAGAUCAGAAACUCUGAAGGAGACGAGUCGGGAAAACACCGUCAUGUUGCAACGACAGACCCAGCUCUACCUCUCUGAGAUGAUGAAGUGCCUUCAGCUUCUCCAGACUCUCAUCUUGGACCACCGGUUGAAGAUCCAGACAGACCUGGACAAGAAGAAAUUAGAUUACUUUGAAAGCAAAUGUGAAUUAGUCUUACAGAAAAUAAAAACUGAAAUGGUGGAAAUUCAGCUGGACACCUACACCACCGAGACCAUUUCUACUCACAGAAAGAUAAGGGAGAAGCUGGGAUCCGAGCUGAAGGCCGGUAAAGAGGAGAAGCAGGCCGCUGAGUUGAGUCUGUCAUCCUUUGAGAUUUUGGGAAGAGAAUUCCAGACGCUGGCUGAUGAGUACUGCAGACUACGGCAGGAGAUAGACAUGAAGACGUGGGCUCUGAAGGAGCUGACCCAGAACAAUGAUGCAUAAACACAUGCUAGCCUCGAUAUCUGCAGCUAAACCAUGUGGGAACUUUUGACCACAAGAAUUAUAGAUUGUACAGUAUUGUGACUUCUACCUUAGAAUAAAUCCAGUAUUAAUAAAGGA